CUGUUUCUCCCUCUCCCCCGUCCCUCUUCCUCCAGGUCCUCUGCUUCCUAGUCAUUCACCAUGGUAUGCCCGCUGGGGAGCGACAGAAACUGGGGCCCCCAAGUGGCCCCCGAUUGCCGCUCGUUCGACUUCACAUUGGCCUUUGAAGAUGCCGCCUUCGGACUUCCCCCUAGUAUAUUUUUCCUGCUCAUUGCGCCGACGGUGUGGUGGUGCAGUCGAGCCGCGCCGAGGCAACUGCUGUCUCGUCGACUCGGAGCGGUGAAAAUGGUGGUCUUUCUGGCGCUCCUGGCUGUCCAUGUGCUCUACACGGUCUUCCGUGCGCGCGAUGCUCGCCUGCAUACCGCCUGGGCCCUUCCAGUCGCCAUCGUAAAUAUGAUUGCCGUGGCAGUGGCAAUCGGGAUGUCUGCCUGGGAGGACCAGCAUCGCAUAGAUCCCUCCGUCGUGCUGCUCCUCUACCUAAGCGCCCAACUUCUCUUGAGCCUGCCGCAAACCCGCUCGCUAUGGCUGGUCAAAGGCGCCUCUGCCGUCUCCGUCCUCGGAACUCUGAAGACCAUCCUGACGCUGGUGAGUCUGGCCACGGAGUCGUGGUGGAAGUCUCGAUGGCUUCGUAAGGAACCAACGACGGUCGAACAGCGGUGCGACUUUUGGACCCGGGCUCUCUUUGCCUGGACCUGGACGGUCUUCCGUCGCGGGUUUUCGGUCGUGCUCAGUGUCCGUGACUUGCCUCCGAUCGAUGAGCAGUUACGGAGUCCGGACGCUGUCCAUCGCCUGCGCCAGGCCGGUGGCGCCGUCUUCUGGGCCUACCGCGCAUCCUUCCUCUCGGCCGUCGUGCCGCGGCUGUGCGUCUCCGUCUUCACCUUCUGCCAACCGUUUCUGAUCACUGCGGCGGUGCGCUUGCUGAAUGAGGUCGACGGUGGGGAGGCCGUGACGGACGAGUCCCGUGGCUUGAUCGCAGCGUUCGUGCUGGUAUACGUGGGCUUAGCGCUUUCCAAUGCGGUCUACUGGCGCCAGGCACUCCGUUUCCACGCCCGUGUCCGGGCCGGGUUGAUUCAACUCCUGUACGAGCAGUCCGUUCGCAAAAGUCCGGCUGCGCUCGCAGACCGCGCCCCACUGACCAUGAUGAGCACCGACGUGGACCGCAUUGUGACUGGGCUGCGUUUUGUGCAUGAACUGUGGGCGGCGCCUCUGGAAGUCGCUAUUGCCGUCUGGCUCCUGCAACGUCAACUCUCCGUGGCGUGCGUAGUACCCGUGGUCGUUGCUCUCGGGUGUCUUCUUGCCAUGUCCCGUGUCUCCGUGCUCGUGGGCCCACGGCAAAAACAGUGGGUCGAAAGGAUCCAACAGCGGUUGGAGACAACCACGGUCAUUCUGGAGAAUAUGAAGCCCGUGAAGAUGUUGGGACUGCCCCAGCUGGCUACGGGUGUGAUCCACCGGCUGCGGGUGGUGGAGCUGGAGACAUCGCGCCUGCUGCGGCGCGUGCUGUGUUGGCAGCUCUUCCUAGCUGAUAUGCCCCCGGAACUGGCCCCAAUGGCCACCUUCGCCGUGUACAGUAUCCUGGCUGCGGUGCACCCUGAUCGUUCCCUGCUCGCAGACCGCGCCUUCACGGCGCUCUCCCUGAUCUCCAUCCUCACCACGCCGCUGAUCAUCUUCAUGCAGGCUGUUCCUUCGUUCAUGCAGUGUCUCGGUUGCUUCGAACGCAUCCGGGAGUUCUGUGACGUCGGGCCACUGCGGGAGGACUCUCAGCCCCUUGAGCCAGCCUCCCCGCGAACCUCGGAGUCAAAGGAGCUAAAGGAGCCAAAAGAGCCGUCAUCGAUGGCCUUCGGAUGCCGUGGGGCAAGCUUCGCCUGGGACUCCUCAGGACCGGUCGUUCUACAUGAGCUGGAUCUCGUGCUCAAGCUUCGGUCUGUCACCAUGGUGGUUGGGCCUGUGGGAGCGGGCAAGUCAGCCUUGUUGGCCAGCGUGGUCGGCACCACAAGGCAGAUAGCUGGUCAUAUACUCGGUGAACGCCCCAGCGCAGCAUAUUGUCCGGCCGCUCCGUGGAUGAUGAACCAGUCUAUUCGGCAGAACAUCAUCGGGUUCGGCCCGUUUGAUCCCACCUGGUACCAACAAGUACUGUGGCUCUGCGCCCUCGACUUGGACCUUGCCGUGCUACUGCACGGAGAUGACACCGUCACCGGGAGCAAUGGCGUAUCAUUGAGUGGCGGACAGCGGGCGAGGAUCGCACUGGCCCGGGCGAUAUUCUCUCGCCAACCAGUGUUGAUUCUGGAUGAUGUGUUUAGCGGUUUGGACGCGCAUACACUGUCCCUGAUUGCCCGCCGCCUCUUGGGGCCAGAGGGCUAUUGCCACCGCGCCCAGGUCACCGUCGUUCUGGCAACGCACAACCAGUCCCUACUGUCAUAUGCCGACGAAAUCGUGUUCCUCGACCGCGGAAGGAUCGCCUAUCAGGGCGCAUUCAGCAACCUCCCACCGACCCUGGCGAAAGAACUCUCCCAUGCUGGUUCACGCCUAGCAGACCUUGUCAAGGACGGUGCGCCCACCGAGUCCGUGACAAGCCUCUCCAGGACAAUAUCCUCCCAGGGAGGCAGUGAUCCGCCCGAAGCAGAGGCGACGAAGGCAGAGCCGGAUUGGGCGCGGCGCAGGGGCGACUGGUCGGUCUAUCGAUACUAUGCCCAAGCGGCAGGCCAUAGAUGGGUCCUUCUUUUUGCUGUCCUCCUGGUGAUUAAUGCGGCCGCCUCCAACUAUUCCGUGCUCUGGCUCGAGAAAUGGUCGGAUGCCAACAGCCGUCAGCCCAACCAGUCGUUAGGCAUGUAUCUUGGAAUAUACAUCACGUUGAAUGCUAUCUCCAUUGCGACCACAUUUCCACUGGCAUGGUGCGUACCACCGAGUGCUCCUUUCUCCUUUUUCCGCGAGGCCGACACGGGCGAGAUCACGAACCGAUUCAGUCAGGAUAUGGAUCAGAUCGACCUGCAGCUGCCGAUGAUUGCCGUGAAUACAUGCAUUAGCCUGGCGCAGUGCCUCGGAAAGCUCAUCAUCCUGUGCAUCAAGUCCAAAUACCUCGGCAUCGCGGUGCCAGCCCUUCUGGUCGUUGUCUAUCUGAUUCAGGUUGUCUAUUUGCGCACAUCGCGUCAGAUCCGACUGCUGGAUAUCGAGGCGCGCGCCCCGCUAUUCACGCAUUUUCUGGAGACCAUCCAGGGCAUCGCCGUCCUCCAGUCGCUCGGCUGGGAGUCCACGAUGGCCCGUCACGGGGCCAUGCUGGUCGACCAGUUGCAAAAGCCGGCAUACGUACUGGCCUGUAUUCAACAGUGGCUAGCCUUGGUGUUGGAUCUGGUGACUGCCGGCGUCGCCGUGCUGGUGGUCGUGUUGGGGACACAGCUCCCAUCCCAGGUUAGCCCCGGCACCAUUGGCGUGUCAUUGAACAUGAUCCUUGGUUUCAGCCAGUCCCUGAAACUCGUGAUGCGCUACUGGACCCAGUUGGAAACCUGCAUCGGGUCGGUGGCUCGCGUCCGGACGUUUGUGCACGAGAGCCCGUCCGACCUUCGAAUGCUCCGAGGGCCUGCCUUGCUCCCGGAGUGGCCAUCCAAGGGGGCCAUCGACAUUCACAACCUCCGUGUGGGAUACCUCGGGAUCGGGUCCCGAUUAGCCCUCCAAGACAUUCGUCUUUCGAUCCGCCCCGGUGAAAAGGUCGCCAUCUGCGGAGGGUCUGGAAGCGGGAAGACGACGCUGCUGCUUUCUCUGCUGCAACUCGUGGAUGUGCACGGCGGUUGCAUCCAGAUUGACGGUCGAGACCUUGCUGAGAUCCCCAUCGCCGACGUGGCGUCCCGAGUCAGCGUUGUGCCGCAGGAGCCUUUCCUGAUGCCUGGUCCGCUGCGGUUCACGCUCGACCCAACGGGACAGACGACCGACGAAGAGAUGGAGGCGGCCCUCCGCGCCGCGGAAUUGUGGGACCGACUCUGUCCCGACGGCGACCUGGACGCCUGCGUCGCCGUGUCCUCUCUCUCGAUGGGCGAAAGGCAGAUUCUCUGCCUCACCCGCGCCCUUCUGCAGCGCCGGUCCAUCCUCCUCCUGGAUGAAGCCCUGAGCAACAUGGACUACCAAACGGAGGACCUGAUGCAACGUCUCAUCGACCGCCAUUUCGCCUCUCAGACGGUCGUCGCCGUGGUCCAUCGACUGCGGACAAUCCGCCAGUUCGAUCGCGUCGUGGUGCUGCGUCAAGGACGCCUGGUCGAAGACGGCUCCCCCGAGGAGCUGUUGAAUCGGGACUCGGCGCUGUCCGCUUUGUACCAUGCCUCCGAGCCCGGGCAAUCUUGAUGCGCAUCGAGACUAUGGAGAGCUCCCCGCCAGUUCUUGUAGUAUUCCAGUAUUGUUGUUCAGCAUUGGGCGUUGGAAUAGGGAAAUAAUGGUAUGGUAUUUUACCCGGUGGGCAUUCCGGAUGGAAAUUCAGAACAUCUCUAUAAUAGUUCGCACCAUUUAAUACUCCGAGGAUUGCUGACCUGUGGGGGUGUUUAAGGCUGCUCCUAUACUUUUCUAGGCUUGGAGUAUCUUUUAUCAGAGAACGCUCAUAAACACUCACCAUG